UCCAAACAGUCUUCUUUCUCUCAGUCUUCUCCAGCAAAAGUCAAAACAACAACUGGCCAGAAGUAAAGCUAGCAAGUGCCCAAUCCAUUCAUCUCUCCCUCCCGCCCUCGGUCCCGCCCCACCACCCACUGCCAACAAUCAAGGCCAAGCCAGCCAACGAGCAUGUCGCACCCAACCGUUUCUUUGGGUCUGAAUCCCAGUGGCGGGCCCACCGCCGUGGUCUCGGCUCCGCCUAUCGCCGUCAACGGCGCCUCAAUCGUCGGUCUAGACGCGGGCAGUGGGGCUUCGGGUUCCUCAGGGGCCACAACCACGCCAUCGCCGGCCGGUGGCGCGCCCUCGGCCCAAAUCUUGGACAAGCAUCGCCUGAACGAAUUGGUCAAGGAGGUGGACGUGCACGAGCAAUUGGACGAGGACGUGGAGGACCUGUUGCUGCACAUUGCCGAUGACUUUAUUGAGCAAACCGUGACGGCCUCGUGCGCCUUGGCCCGACACCGAAAGGCCCCAGCCAUCGAGGUCCGGGACGUUCAAAUGGUCUUGGAGCGAAAUUGGAAUAUGUACAUACCUGGGUUUGGAACGGAAGAUAUCCGACAACACAAGCGUUCGGCGCUCAACGAAUCACACAAAUCCCGAAUGGCGCUCAUUCGGAAAACUAUGAAAAAAUACUGAACCUUUCGAAAUAAUUCAUCCUCCACUACUGUUCUACCUUGGCCUGGAAUGCCUUUCGUAUUGGCCGAUUUUGUACCCGCAAUUGUGCCCCGGCCCGCAUAAUACAUGUUUCGUCGGCCCUUCAAUAACUGUGUAUUGGCGCUAUUAAACGGGUUGGACUUUUUGCUCGGA